AUGUCCCACCCGUCUCUCAAAAUCACUCUCAGUGAUAUAUCUGAUUUUAGUGAUCUCAGUACAAGUGUCUCGUCACAAAAUUUGGAAUAUCAUCUCAUUCACAAGAACGAAUUCGAGAAGCGCCUUGAAGACUACCAAUAUCUCUCGUUGAACGAUGACACUUGCAAGAUCUUGACCGCAACCUGCAAGUACUUGCUUUCGGAUGGUCAAAGGAAUCUCAUGACAGAUGUCCUUGGGGCGAAGAACGAUGAAGAGCUUCAACAACUCGCCCAGAGUAUUCAAACUGGCAUUUUACAACCAAUGUUAGCCAAUGGCGCUCAGACACCCAUUCCUUCUCCUCGCCCUGGGCUAGAGGACUCAAUCGAAGCCCUGGAUGCUCAAUAUGCCGAUCCAGCUUCUCGAGACUAUCAGCCUAUUUUACGUGCUCAUUGUUUGAAAAGAGAUGGGUUUUCAUGCGUUUUUUCUGGCGCUAUUGAUCCCGAUCACCAAACCCACAAAGACCAAAAGUCAGCCCCUCUUGAAGCCGCCCAUAUUAUUCCCUUUUCCCUGGGUCACUGGGCAACUGAUCAUGAAAGACACCAAAAAUCUCAGAUUUGGGUGAAUAUUCUUCGAUUCUUUCCGGCUCUUUCUCGGCGGUUAGAAAGACAGCAUGGGAAUCUUGAUGAGGAUUUCAACUGUAUAAACAAGGAAGAGAACAUGAUCAUGAUGGUUGCUCCACUGCAUGUGGAGUUUGGCAAGUUUCAUUUCAUUCUUGAGCAAACCGCAUCAGAAAACCGAUACACCGUGAAGCGCUUCAACAAUUUCGCAAAACUGUGCGAAAUCUUCCUCUCCGAAACGGUUUCUUUCAGUUCUCAUAACACGUCAUAUGCACUUCCGAGUCCUGAACUCAUCGCCCUGCAUGCCGCUGUUGGAAACAUCCUCCAUGCGUCGGGCCAGGCUGAGAAGAUAGAAAAACUGCUACGUGAUCUUGCCGACACUCGAACAAUCGCCUGGGAUGGAAGUACGAAUCUUGGGGCUCUGCUCUCCGUCAGUCAGCUUUCCCUCUACACUUCUGAUCCAUUUGCUGGUACAGGAAAGCGCAGUACCAAAAGUGAGGAGCAUCCCAGGCCUCAACUUGGUACUUUGGCAGGAAGUGAAAACGAGCGCCCAAAGAUACAGGACUGA